GAGAGAGGUUGGAGAGGGAGAGGGAAAGAGGGAGACGGGAGACAAAGGAAGUGAGUACAAGAGAGGAGCCGGCUCAGCAUCCGAACUGAGUCCGCUGUCAGAGAGGAGGCCAGCUUCUAUCAGUAUGGUGGAUGUGCAGUGUCUCAGUGACUGUGAACUGCACAUGCAACUGGAGAAGCUUGGAUUUUCAGCGGGCCCAAUACUGCCUUCCACCAGAAAAACGUACGAGAAAAAGUUAGUGCAAUUGUUGGUCUCGCCUCCCUGUGAACAACCUGUCAUGAAGAGACCCAAAAACCUACACGGAUCUGACCACAGCGAUGACAGUGAAGAUCCAGCGGUAAAUAUCAUUUUGAAAGGAAAUUUCAAUUUCUCGAAAGACAAAGGCAAGGAAUGCAAAAAUAGACGAGAUGCUUCUAGUAAUAGAAGAAUCCUAGACAUCUACUACCUGAGCCAGAAGCCCACAAAGGUGGUCAGGCAUGUCGCGAGACCAAACCCAAGGGUGGAGGAUGGCUGUGUCACCGAAGAGGACUGCUGCCAGGGGAACCCGAGCCUGGAGAGCAGCUUUCCAUGCCAGAACCCUGAGAACAGCUUCCCAUGGAGCUUGAAGCUGGCCAUCUUUGGCAUUUUCAUCAUUGUGUUGUUUGUCUACAUAACUGUGGAAAAGAAGCCGCUCUUGCGUUAAAACCCUUUAGGAGCAAAGCAGAAGGGCCUUAGCUACAGCCAAGCAGCCCCUCCCACUGCCCCAAAUGUCCCCGCUCCCGCCUCGCACGCCCCCGCCCUAUACUGGCUCUCCUGGGCUGUGUCUGGGUUCAUCUAGGUGGAGGAGCAAGGGCAGAACCAGGCAGCAUGCUAGGUUCGCGACCGCCUGUAAGUUAAGUAAGCCAUCA